GAGAUGCCAAUCAACGCGCACAUUGACCGUGACCUGACGCGUCAGCGAAUAGGUCAACGUGACGGCCUAUCCUUCCACGACAUCAAGCUCGCUAACAUUGUCUACUGUGACGGUGUGUGCGCGGGAAUUAGUAACAACUGUGAGCGAGGAAUACAAAAGGCGAACGACUGCACUAGCUGUCUCUGCCCAGAGGACUUCACUGGGCAAUUUUGCGAGAACGUUCUGCCAUCUACAGGAACCUCGAAGUUCGGUGAGAUCAGAGAGCUCGCAUGUGGUGAUAGCGGAACCAUCACUGACACUGUUUCUCCUGACGGAACCACAUUCAAGACGUCCGUGCUGUUAAAGUCGCCUGCUAACAACGUCAUAACAGUCCGACUGACGAGUAUCAGCACAGCCUAUUACGUGGAUAGCGCCGGAAACCCGUUUCCGCAGGCGGGAUGUCCAGAUCACCUGGAGGUCCGAACGAACACGGAGAUUAUUGGUCGCAGGAAAGCAGACGACCGUGAGAGGAACUUGCAUUAG